AUACGCAAGGAGAGUAUGCACGAAAAGUAAGACCUUUGGGAGUUCACAGAUCUUAUCCAACGUUGUUUAUUCCACCACUACCUGGGUUGUUUAUUUUGCAGGAUUUCUUUUGUAUUUCAGAUUUGCACUUUAUCAGGAGGUCGGUUCAUAAACAUCUACAGUAUUGUUUGGUCUAUUAAGCAUUUAUUCUGCAAUCAAGUUUUCAAUGGUUCACACAUCUGACAUUGACAGAUGUUUUGAAAAUCUGGAUCCCUUGCUGAAGAAAACCUCUGAAUUACUAUGCAAGAUCAAGUACUGUAUAUAUUUUUUCAUGUUCAUAUAAUAUUACCCUAGCCAAUGCAUUUACAUGUUUGAUCUGUCAUAAGGUUGCUUUUAAUUAGAUUCACAUACUCAAAAAAUAAAGUCUGCUGCAUAAACAAAUGGUAUCUUUCACAGCCGUAUACUUUUGGAAGAUGGUGCUAAAUGUCUUGUAGAUUUUGAGGUUAAUGUUGUCGAGGAAACAUUGUCAGAAGGCUUUAAUUUGCCUAAAUCUGUUUGGCCUAUAGUUUUAUCGGCAAAUAAUGUCUUUCAGAAAUGAAGGUGUUCUAACUAAUUCUCAUCACUCUGCUCAUCAGUCUCGUCGUAUUGAUCACAAUCUUGCUCAUUUUACUACAGUAGACCAAAAUCCAUUGAACUAUGAUUCAAGAAAUUUGAAGAAUGUCAAUUCACUUGAGAAAUCCUGUUGUCAUAAAUAUGAAAAUGGAUUUAUUUUGUCGGAAAAUCAACACCUCCCCACAACAGUUGAACUUUUUGCCUCAGCUGCUCCGCCAAACUCUGAAGAAUCUUCCUUGCGUAUAAAAGAUAAUUUACGCGACUACCAAUCGAAUACUGAGAAAUUGAUCGCUGAAUUGAAGCAGUCAAACGAUCAAAUAAGAAAUCUUGAAAAAUCAUUAUUAGCGAAACAGUCGUCGAUUAAUGAACUUUCUAUUGAAUUGGAGCGUAAAAUAGCUCUUGUCAAUUCUUUAACAAUAGAGUCUUCAACAAAAGAUAUUUUAUUACGUCAGUUAGAUUCAACUUUAGGUCGUUUGACAAGAGGUUGGAAAGAUAACGAGGCCAAACAAGAUCUUGCUAUAAAAUUAGCUAAAGAGUCUGAAAAUAGAAAAGAUAAAGAAAUAGAAGAACUUAAGAACCAAUAUCAAUCAGUUCGUGCUCAAUGGGAUGAAGAGCUUAAUUCAAUAAAAGCAGAACAUCGUUUAGAGAAAAUGUCUUUAGAAGAACAAUUAUGUCAAAUAACUAGUAAAUGUAAAGAAUUAGAAGGAAACAAUAUAGAUUCUUAUCGAACUAUAGAAGAAUUAAAAUGUAAAAUUAAAAAUUAUGAACAAAAUUUACAAGAAUAUCAUACAAAAUUAACAGAACAACAAAAUGGAUCAAAUUUAAUUAUUAAAAAAUGUGCCAAAUUAAAAGAACACUGGCAAAAUCAAUUAAAACACUAUAAAGAUUCUAUGCGAAAAAGUUUAGAAACGAAAAAAGAUGAAAUAUACAAAUUAAAAGAAGAAAUCUCUACAGUAGCUAAAAAAUAUGAAUUAGAAUUUCAAGAUUAUCAAAAACAAAUUGAUUUAACUGUAGAACAAAGAAUUCGAGAGCAACUAAUAGCUUAUGAACAAAAAAUUCAGGAAAAUGCUACACAAGCUGAAGAAACUCUACGUAACAAGUUACGAGAAGCGUCAGAUCGUUAUAGACUAGAUCUUGAUCAAUUACGGUUGAAUGCUGAGACAGAAUUAUCACGACAAAUGUCUGAAACCGAACAUCGUAUUGAAGUUGAACGUAAACGUGUACAAACUGCAGAGAAGCAGUGUGAACAUUGGCGUAUCAGAACAAGAGAAGCUGAAGAAGCAAGGUCUGCAUUAGCUCUUCAGAUAAACGAGUUGUUACAGGCCCGCUGUACCGAAGCGAUGCAAAUGCUUCGAUCUAGUUCAACCACUACACUCCUAAAUAUUCCUACUACUCAUAGUUUUCUGGGUAAUAAUAUUGGUUCAAAUAUACUGACUGAUUUUGACCCAAGUGAUCAUAAUCUGAAUAAGCAGAGUCCAAAAGAUAGAAAUGAAUCGGAAGAAGAACAAGAACAGGAUCUAAGUAUAUCGACAGUGCAUACAUUCGAAACUCAAAUUCUGUCACGUAUUGAUUUGAAUGGACAAGACGAUAUGGGAAGUGCUAACAUAUUGGAUAAUCAACAAAUAUGAAUCUAAAUUUUAAACUUAACUGGUUUUAUCUGUGAUGUACUCGUUACAUAACUUAUUACUAUUGUGCAUAUCAGUAACAUAACACUUUGUUUUAACAUUUGUGUUAUAUUUUGCCAGUUAGACAGGUGUUAUUUCGAUUAAUCGUGAAUAAAUGUGGAUUAGAA